AGCUCGAAGGAAAGUAGUGGGACUCCGGAGGAGAGAGAGAAGGAGAGAGGGAAAGAGAGAGAAAGAACUUCGUGCUUUACAUUACACACAGACACGGGAUAAAGGACGACUGCGUGGACAGUUGUUAUAUACAUUUUGUGUCUUUUAAUUUGUAAAUCAACGUUUACACGUGCGUUUACGGUUGUAGUGGAUGUAAAGGGAUUAGAAUAGAAUCGGGGGAAUGUAUCCUGCUCGGGCAACAGUGACCGACCGUCUUCCGAGAUGUCAACUCAACAUUCUCCGGGCCAUCAUGCUACUCCAGGCCGUUCUAGAGAUGACUGCGACCAGGUUUGAAGACCCUAGUGUGAUGGGCGCUUCCACUUGGAACAGCUCAGACCUGUUUCUUCGUCUGGAGGCUCCGAUGAACAACAUCACCACGUCUCUGGGCCAGACGGCGGAGCUGCUGUGCCGUGUGUCCGGUAACCCCCUUCCCACUGUGCGCUGGCUGAAGAACGACGCUCCCGUGGUCCAAGAGCCUCGCCGGAUCUCCUACCGGCCCACGACCUACGGAUCGCGCCUCCGCAUCCGUAACUUGGACACCACAGACACAGGCUACUUCCAGUGUGUGGCCACCAACAGCUACGGCACCGUCUCCACCACCGGAGUACUCUUCGUCAAGUUUGAUCCACUCCUAACCCCUCUGCCAGGAAGACCCUCUGCGGAUGAUUUUGAUGAAGAGGGGUUUUGCCAGCCGUACAGGGGCGUAGCUUGUUCUCGCUUCAUAGGGAACCGCAGCAUCUUUGUCGACUCCCUGCAGAUGCAGGGCGAGAUCGAGACCCAGAUCACAGCCGCCUUCACUAUGAUCGGAACGUCCAGCCACCUGUCGGACCGCUGCUCCCAGUUCGCCAUCCCGUCACUGUGCCACUUUGCCUUCCCGACAUGUGACCGCAGCUCUGGGACAGAGAAGCCCAGGGACCUGUGUAAGGAUGAAUGCGAGAUCCUGGAGAAUGACCUGUGUAAGACCGAGUACAUCAUCGCCCGUUCCAACCCCAUCAUCCUGAAGAGACUGAAGCUGCCGAACUGUGAGGACCUGGCAGCACACGACAGCCCGGAGGCUGCGAUCUGUAUGAGGAUAGGAAUCCCCAUGGCCGAGCCCAUCAACAAGAACCACAAGUGUUUCAACAGCAGUGGUUCAGCCUACCGUGGGACGGUCAGUAAGACCAAGUCGGGUCGUCAGUGCCAGCCCUGGAACUCUCAGUACCCUCACAGCCACACCUACCUGGCGUUGCGCUACCCAGAGCUCAGCGGAGGCCACUCUUACUGCCGUAACCCCGGCAACACGCAGGAGGGACCAUGGUGUUUCACCCUGGACGAGGGAGUCCGUAUGGAGCUGUGCGACAUCCCCGUCUGCGAUUAUAAGGAGAACCGUGGGGGCAGUAACAUGGAGAUUCUUUACAUCCUGGUCCCGAGCGUAGCCAUCCCUCUGGCCAUCGCCCUCUUCUUCUUCAUCUGUGUGUGUCGUAACAACCAGAAGGCUGCCCGACCCCCGGUGCCCAGACAGCCCAAACCUGUCAGAGGACAGAAUGUAGAGAUGUCCAUGCUCACCAACUACAAACCCAAGAGUAAGGCCAAGGAGCUCCCCCUCUCUGCAGUGCGGUUCAUGGAGGAGCUAGGUGAAUGUGCAUUUGGUAAGAUCUACAAGGGCCACCUGUACCUGCCUGGUAUGGAGCAAGCCCAGCUGGUUGCCAUCAAGACCCUGAAGGACUACUCCAGCCCUGGCCAGUGGGGUGAAUUCCAACAGGAAGCGUCGGUCAUGGCUGAGCUUCACCAUCCCAACGUGGUGUGUCUGCUGGGUGUAGUGACCCAGGAACAGCCUGUCUGCAUGCUGUUUGAGUUCCUGAACCAAGGGGACCUCCAUGAGUUCCUCAUCAUGCGCUCUCCUCACUCUGACGUGGGCUGUAGUAGCGACGAGGACGGGACCGUCAAGUCCAGCCUGGACCACGGGGACUUCCUGCACCUGGCCUUACAGGUGGCUGCUGGGAUGGAGUACCUGGCAAGUCACUUCUUCGUCCAUAAGGACCUAGCAGCCCGUAACAUCCUGGUGGGAGAACAGCUCCACGUCAAGAUAUCUGACCUGGGCCUGUCCAGAGAGAUCUACACCUCAGACUACUACAGGGUCCAGCCCAAGGCUUUACUCCCUAUCCGCUGGAUGCCUCCAGAGUCCAUUGCCUAUGGGAAGUUCACGUCGGAGUCAGACAUCUGGGCGUUUGGUGUGGUGCUUUGGGAGAUCUUCAGCUACGGCCUGCAGCCCUACUACGGCUUCAGUAACCAGGAGGUCAUGGAGAUGGUGAGGAAACGUCAGCUGCUGCCCUGCCCAGAGGACUGCCCCCCCAGGGUCUUCGGCCUGAUGACAGAGUGCUGGCAGGAGGGCCCGACGAGAAGACCACGUUUCAAAGAUAUCCAUGGCCGUCUGAGGGCCUGGGAGGGGCUGUCAUCCCACGCUAGUUCUAGUACUCCAUCAGGAGGCGGGGGCAACGCCACAACUCAGACCACCUCGUUAAGCGCCAGUCCGGUCAGUAAUCUCAGCAACCCGCGCUAUGCCACCGCUGCAGGUUACCUCUACCCGGCCCAGGGGAUGCCUGCGCAAGGUCAUCCAGGCCACCAGAUGGCAGGCUGGACCCCUAUGACCCAUGGGGCGCCCAUGUCCCAGAACCAACACCAACGCUUCAUCCCUGUCAACGGGUACCCCAUCCCCCCAGGCUACGCUGCCUUCCCUGCGGCCCACUUUCAGGCCCAGGGCCCCCCCAGGGUGGUGCAGCACCUCCCCCCGCCCAAGAGCAGAUCUCCCAGCAGCGCUAGCGGCUCCACCAGCACCGGUCACGUGACAAGCGUGCCCUCCACGGGGUCCAAUCAGGAUGCGAACACGCCUCUGCUGUCACACUGCGUGGCAAUAUCCGCCCUGCCAGGGGGCGGGACCAUGCAGGUGUACGGACACAUGUCCCAGAAGGCUUUGCAACAGAUGGACCCCUCACAGACGUCCGCGCUGCUGGCCGACGCCAACAGACUCAUGUAUAGUGAAUCGGUCAUCACUGCAGACCUGUAAAUACACUGCAUACCUGUACUAUAUAUCACCUGGUUGAUUUGAUGGUUUUUGUUUCGUUUUUUUUGUAAGAAAGUUAUUAUAAUAAUUGUUUCAACUUUCUACUUUUACUUGUAAAUACAUGCACGUAAAUCCUGAAUGAACGAGAUGCAAAGAUUUAUAUUCAAAAGAACAUCAAGCGUGUCCUGCCCCCUACUCUGAAACUCAAACUGCCUUGAUAGACUUUUUUUUAGUGAUGCUACUCCGUUUGCCUGCCUGGACACUGGGAUUUCUAAGCUCAGAGUAGGUCAACAAUAACACACCUGUCAAUAUAUAAUGACUCUAUCACUCGGACAUCAUUGUGAAUAACCUCCCAUUGACGUCAAUAAAUCUUCCUAGACUCCCGUUGACGUCAGAAUGAUUUUGGCGGAAGUCAGAGCUGCACGGAGCCCUUCUGGUAGCUACAAUAUGUACUGCAGCAGGGUGUGUUGUUGCUUGGACUGGAGGGGCCCUGUACUGAAGCAGGGUGUGUUGUUGCUUGGACUGGAGUGGCCCCGUACUGAAGCAGCGGGAGUCCCCGGUUGUGUCGUCAGUUGGGCUUUAUAUUCAGUUGAGCCUGUGUCAGCACAUCUGCCUGGCUGGCAUCCCUACAGUGCACCUCUCUCCUCCAGGAGGCUAAGCCCCCCUCUAGGGAUAUGUGAACUUCAAAGACUUCUGAUUUGACUUCAAAGCGGCCUGUGGAGAAGGGACGAGGCCCUACCUACGCAACGCUAUGCAAUGACAUAGCACUCAUACCCUCUGCUUCACUCUCUACAGCUAUGUGCCUCCACAGAUGUGUGCCUCUACAGCUAUGUGCCUCCACAGAUGUGUGCCUCUAAAGCUAUGUGCCUCUACAGCUAUGUGCCUCUACAGCUAUGUGCCUCUACAGCUAUGUGCCUCUACAGCUGUGUGCCUCUACAGCUGUGUGCCUCUACAGAUGUGUGCCUCUACAGAUGUGUGCCUCUACAGCUAUGUGCCUCCACAGAUGUGUGCCUCUACAGCUAUGUGCCUCCACAGAUGUGUGCCUCUACAGCUAUGUGUGCUCUCAGCAUGUGCCUCCACAGAUGUGUGCCUCUACAGCUAUGUGCCUCCACAGAUGUGUGCCUCUACAGCUGUGUGCCUCCACAGAUGUGUGCCUCUACAGCUAUGUGCCUCCACAGAUGUGUGCCUCUACAGCUGUGUGCCUCCACAGAUGUGUGCCUCUACAGCUAUGUGCCUCCACUAGACACUCUCUCGUUCUCAAUACAGGGUUCUGUCAACUCGUAUGCAAUGAUAUACUGUAGCUACUAGGAACAAAUCAGAACAGUGUUUAAACCAGCCGUACUUCUCUCGCCACUCUGUGUCCAUGUCUGUCCUCCUCUUUCUUAUCAUCUCAUAUAUGGUACAUUCAGCUAUGCAAUAUGGCUCUUACAUUGGCUAUGCAGACUUUGAUGGAUAAUCGUAUUGUCUUUUGAUGAUAUAUAGAAGUGGGACUAACAAAUGUAUGCCGAUCAUUACAACUUCUUUGUCAAAAAGUAUGUUCUACUAUAGACUGAAUGAAUGAUAUAAGGCUUUUGAUAAAAUACAGGGGGGUGAAUGAGAAAUCCUUCCACAUUUUAGCACACAGCUCACAGAAGCAGCUACAAUACAGUAUAUUUCACCUCAGUUGAAUGUGUUUGUUGCUAUGCAACUGUUUAGUUAAAAAGACGCACCCUUUGCCCGUACAGAAAGAGGACAAUCGUCGGUUUACCCUUGGUAGCACUUGCCUUCCAUGUUAACUUUGGUAUAAUACACAACUCUGUAAUGUUAAGUGCAUCCUUAUCUUUUAUCAAGGUACAAAGUCUACUAUCCUGACAUUUUCUGUGAUGUGUCAAUUAGUCCGAUACUGUCGAGAGGUACAAAUCUGCUCUUUAGAUGAAGGUUUUGGUUUGUUUAAAUUCCACUUUUUUUUUUUUUUUUUUCUAAAAACAGGUUUACCUUCCUAGGUAUCUGGAGUUUUAUACAGGUAUCUUUUGAUAAAUGUAAAUGAAUUUAAGUGCAUAUAUAUACCAGUUCAAAACCACUUAAACACAAGACUGUGAAUCUUGGGACUGGCUAUUUUGUGUAGUUUAAAAAAAAUAAUAAUGUUAGAUCAGUUUCUUUUCAUAAAACAGUCUAAGACAGUCUUUUCAUAAAACAGUCUAAGACAGUCUUUUCAUAAAACAGUCUAAGACAGUCUUUUCAUAAAACGUGUUUAGAUUGCAGUAUUACAGUGUAUUCAUAAGAAAGGUUUACAUGCAGAAUAUUCUAUUGACCAAGAGGCCUUGUCUUUGUAUUUGUCAGAAGAUAUUUGCACAGAAGUUUUGUAUGGCAAAAUAUUAUUAAAUAAUUCAAUGUUUUUGUCAUA